AUGGUUUUUCUUUCCUGCAUUAUUUUCACCUCCAUGUGGUGCGAAUGCUCAAACGCGAGUCGCCCACAUCGCGCAAAAGCAAAACACAUUCUAAGGAAUAACAUAGACAUCACAGAGCCGCCGCAUUGGACACGCCAAUCUUCAGGAAAGCAAAGAGAGAGGCGACAAGACACGGUGAGUUCGCACAAGGAAACAUUUAAGGAAAUGAGCGCAGAAACGGUGUCAUCCGGGAGCGCCGCGGGACACACGGGGGAGGAAACACAUAUGACGGCGAUCCCCCGGCGAUUUCUCCUGCCAAUGCCGGAGAAGCCGACGCGCGAAGGUGCCGCCCACGGCAAGCACCCGCCGGCGCACGAGAUGAUGCGAAACGAUCCAUACGCCAAGAAAGUCGCGCAUGGCCCUAGUUGUGGGCCGGUGUCCCGCUACCGCGUCCCCGUAAGUCGACCGUUGCCGCUCCACACGCUGGAGGCCAUCCCGGAUCGUCGCGAAAGGGCGCUGAACGUUGAGAGCUCUCUUGCGCCACUUUUCCGUGGCUCGACGGAGGGCGCCGCACUGCCGGAUUUUUUAACACCGUCGGGAAACAACCGCCGACGCGAGAUUGAGGAGCGAAAGAAGCAGGAGCAGCGUGUUCGCAGCGACCCGGAUGCGAGACGGCGCGCCAAUGAGCCCAGGCGCAUGCCGAACCUUGAAAGGAAGGUGCCGAGGGGCUUCGUCCCGCAGUGUGCAAAUGUUGUGAAGAAGGCGCCCCUGAGCCACAGCGAAAAUGAGUAUCGAUCGGCGAAAAGGGGCAACAGAACGGCAAAACGAAGCAAAAGCGAAGAGUGA